GCUAACAUGGCGGAGAGCGGCUCGUUAGGAUUAUCAAGUGUUCCUGAUGUAGAGAUUGAUGCCAAUGGACUUUUUAAAUACGUUCUUAUCAAAGUUAUAGAUCCUUCUAAUGAGGAUACUUACAAGUGCAUAGUCAGAGGAUUUGAUUGGGCAAAUUACCAUGCUGAUAUUUAUGAUAAAAUAGAGGAGGAAAUUGGAGAAAUGAGAAUGAAAACUGAAUGUUUAGGUGGAGGCAGGAUACAACAUGACAGACUUGAAAAAAAAAUCCUUGUGUAUGGUUAUUCUGUGGGGUUUGGUAGAGCUGAUCACUCCAUCACAGUCAAGAAACUUAAAAAAGCUUACCCAGAUUAUGAAAGUAUUACCUUCUCCAAUGAGGGUUAUUAGAAACAUGUUGAAAAGUCUGAAUUUAUUUAUUAAGUCAAAUGUUGUAGUAAUAUCAUACUGCUACAAGAUUAAUUAUUUAAUACAUUGUAUAGGAUAGGGUUCUCAAAAGUGGUACAACUUGAGGUCUUUGUAUUUGGCAGUGCUUUCAGUAAGACUUGGUGUAUGUGAGAGCUCUUGCAAGAUCAGUUGUGUAGCAAAAUACCUAAAAAAGUCUUGACAGCUUUAAUUUGCUAGAGAAAAAAUAAAAUUGACACAAUACUUAAAAGGAGAUGUUUUAUAAACUGAUGGACCCCCCCUAGUAUUACCCACUUGUCUUCACUUAGGAUCAGGAUGUUGAGGCAGAGUUCAUCUGUGUUCCAUUGCAGACCACCAGAUAUGACAAACUUUUUCCAUUUUUAAACCAGAAUAAUUUUAGCUUCUUAAAGGUGCCAUGUAGGGACAGCCACCUAUGUAACCUCAAAUCUGAAUGAAAGCACUGUUUACAAGUUGGCCAAUUAUCCUCUAUGCAUACAUAUUACUAACUGUUUUUAAUGUAGACUUAAAAAGUUUUCCAAGUAAUGAAUUUAUAUAAAAUGCAUCUAGAACUACAGUGCUACAUUGUAGAUGUAAAUAAAUCCAAACUUGUGUAUGAGAAUAAAAAAAUUAUAGACUUCGAAAAGCACAAAUAUUAUAUACUUUGGUGGUAAACAUUUUGCUAGUUAGGGCUUCAUCAGUACAAAGUUAUGCAAACUAAGGCUUGUUAAAUUUAUAUAAUAGGCUGCUAAGGUUUGUUAUUCAAACCUGUUUUAGCACAAGAUAAUAACUGA